AUGGGAGGGAGAUCGAGAACGGGUAACGCAUCACAUCGAACAGCGCAACGGAAACUUCACAAGGCCUUGAGGAAGUUGUUUAGACGUACUACAUGUCGCUAUAUUGCUUUAGUUUUGGUAAGACAAGACGUUUUUGAUACUAUGUUUGCCAGGGGGUUUUAAAUUCAAAAAAAAUUUUUUUAUUUCAAGGUUUAAGAGGCCUGGGGAUUAUUUUUCAAUUUUUCAGUUUUAAUUUAAAAAAUUUAGUUUCGGCCCAAAUUUUAAAAAUUUUAGAUUUUUUAAUUUUUAGUCAUCUUAUUGUUAUUUAUAGCUUAAUGUCAACUUUUUAUUCAUUGUAGUUUGCCGUAACGUUAUUGCUUGGCACACUCUGCAUUUUGGCUUAUUUUGCGCUUAUAAAGAUUACUGUAAGUUACAAACUUUUAUGAUUUUUCAUUAUUCAUUCUUGUUCUCUACAAUCAUAUCCAAGCCAAAAAAUAAAAUUUGUUGUAAAUUAAUAUUUACUAUAACAUUUUUAGGCAGAGGUCCAAGGCCUAAUAACGGAAGAGAAGAUAUACACCUACCGUAGUGACAUUGAACCGUCGUUAUUCGCACACUGUAGUUAUAUGGGGUUUACGUCACCGAAUUCAAAAGACUGUGAUGAUUAUUGUGGAGAGAAGGCGGAUAUGAUACGAACACGAAUCCCACUGUAUGGGGGGAAUGGGACGGCGCUGGGGUUUGCAAAGGAUUGUCCACAUAUCGUAGAUUUUGUAGGUUUUUUGUUGACCGUUCCGUACUCUAACCUACCUCACCUUACCCUAGCCUAUGUAAAGAUGAAAGACAUAAUGAACAAUUGUUUUAGCUACCAUGUUCAGAAAGCAGCUAUCGCUGUAAUAUCGAAACGACGGUCGCGAAAGGGUGUCCGGGAACGGCCUACCAACGGUCGAUGGCAAUGUUCCAAGAGGAGGGGAGGGUGUACAGCUUUAUGGUAAGAUAUAAGGAAUUAGUCAAAGCUUUUGCCGGAGGGAGUGAUUUUUUGAGGCGGGGUGGGAUAAAACAUUUUGGAUUAAAUUUUUUUGGAAUUUUACAAGAGGGGUGGAUUUUUCAAAAAAAAUUCUUUUAGGUCCCAAUAGCCGAUUUGAAAGAACUAAAAGCCCGCCAUCGCACUAUUGUACAGCCUAGUGAAUUGAUAGUCAAAUGUCCGGUAUGUCAGCAAACCAACAUCAACAUCAGUCUACCCGGUCGACAAGGAUACACGGUGAUACACCAGGAAGUGGGCGGGUUCCCUGACUACCGUCAUUGCUCACAGAUCGAACCAAUCCAGGAGAACUCGAAUAUAUCUGAUAAAGAGUCCAAGGUACUGGAGGACUUUUACUACGACUAUCUCUGUCACUACGACAUUCCGAAUAAAGAAAACAUCUGCGAGGUGCGAGGAAGGCUGAACUCAACUGAGGAUGAAAGUGACACCAAUGUAAGGGAUUUUUCAGGGGUUACACAGAACUUUAAGUAUUUUCGUUUUGACCUGAUAUUGAAGGUCAAAAAAUACGUAGAAAUUUUAAAGAUGACUAUAAAGAUACGAAAAAAAAUUUCAGGAUACCACUCCUUCACUGCAACUACAGUAA